AUGAAUGAAUAUAUGACAUUGAAAGUUUUCGCUUUCGAUAUAGUUGGUGACGAAGAAUCUGAGCUCUAUGACCGAAUUAAGCAGGGAAACCAACAGCAUCUUGGAUGGGAGCGAGUGAUAGCGAAGAUAAGAAAGUUGAAAAUUUCCCAAAAUAUCGGAUGGAAGCACUUGGCCGCUUUGCAAGCGCCUCUGGGGGAGAGCUUGCAAGAUCUUCAAAAUCUUUCGGUCGAUAUCAAGGGAGACAAUAUCUUCCAAGAGAUUGGGGACAAAACUAGGCUUGACAGAUACGUUCAGGCCGAGAUUGAGAGCCGCCACUUGAACCAGCAUCCCAGUUGGGUAGAAUUGAGCUUGGAGAUUUCGGCUCCACCGAGCAAGGAGACAUCCCACGCACCGGUCAACUUAUCCAGCCAGGUCUUUAUUGAGCACCCGAGGUGGUGCUGGAAAAAGAGUGGAACUAUCCCGUUGAUAUUUGGAACUUGGGGGUACGACGAUGGUGAUUACUCCAUCUCUGCACAUCUUGCGCAAAUCACUGGGUUGCUGAGACCACCACCUCCUGAUUUCAUAGAGCCUGACACUGUCAGUGCCAAGUAUUCUGAUAAAGAUGGGAAUUGGAUAGUUGAGGAUUGCGAGGUUCAUGCGGCCAGUUUUGAAGAUUUGGAGAAACAUCUUGAAGGGGAAGAUAAAGAGAUGUUCUUAGACUUGAUGAAGGGCGAGGAGCCCCAGGCACGCUUGUUUACACCGCUGAAUGCCAUCGAGGAAAACGCGAAACAAUUUGGCUACUGGGCGAUGAGCAGCGAGAAAGCUGUCGAGAACUACGAGCGAAAUGCCGUGGAAAACUAUGUGCAUAAUAUAAUCGAGGAAUUAUGCAAGAUCGAGGCUGCUCGAAAGGAGAUUAGACUUGGGGAUGGGAUCCAGUUUGAGAAUCAUACAAACCUACUCGACGCGGAUGAGGGUGUCGAAACGACAGAUCAGCCAUCCAAAAUUGAACGCCCUAAAGCCGAUUCGUUUUUUUUCAUUCAUCGAGUCGACGGCGACACUCACACCCUCCUCGCUACAGCCGAAUACAAGCCGCCUCACAAGCUUUCUGUGUCAAACAAAAUCCCCACGGAUAAGGAAGAAAAGUUAAAGUACGAUGCAAAGCGACUCGUUUGCUCCGCUAUUGUUCAAGAAUAUCAUGUGAUGAUCCAGGAGGGACUCGAGUACUCCUACGUGACGACUGGGAUUGCCCGUGUCCUUCUCCGUGUCCCUCGCGACAACCCUAGCACCCUCUACUAUCACUUUUGUGAUCCCAAUCCAGAAGUGGACCCAGAAGCGGAGAAUAGUUCUAAGAUUCCCAAAGAAUCACAGCCUCUUCCUAAUUCCGAUAGUACAUAUCUGGAGUACACGAGUCCAGAAUCUGGUUCGGCCUAUGAAUCGUCAUCAUCUCCGCCAGCAUCGGCAGCAUCUCCGCCGGAAACCCCAGAAGAGGGCCAUCGGGUGCCUAUUAAAACCCGAGGAACAUGUGCACCCUCGGAUGAUCGACACCCGGUGUCUCCUCGGGCUGCAAACCGGGGUAAUCUAGAUGACGGCUGUCCGAACGUAAAGCUUCACCGUCGGGACCAAGAUGACCCCAAACAUCCCAUCACCUCCGAGGAUUUAGUACGUUUGCUAAAGGAGCAGCUCGACGACAAUAUCGACCGAUGCAUACCGUUCGGACGUUGCGGGUCAUAUGGCGCACCGUUCAAACUGACUUGCAUUGUAUAUGGCUACACCGUAGUCGGAAAAGGAACCACGUCAAACCUAUGGAAACAAGUCUCUAGCGAAGCGCAGGUAUAUCGAAUCCUGCGGAAAGCUCAAGGCUCAGCGGUACCUGUCUUCCUCGGUACAAUCGAUUUGGCCAAGAUCUAUUUUCUACACAGGGCGGGAGAGAUUCGUCACAUGCUAGUCAUGGGCUGGGGAGGAGAGAAUACCGCGGAGAUGGAGAUGGAGCCAUGGCUGAGCCGGGAAAUCCGGAGGUCGACGAAGGAAAUCAAGGCGUUGGGCGUUGUACAUGAUGAUCUUCGAUAUGACAAUAUCCUUUGGAAUCAGGAACUUGGACGAGCGUUGAUUAUCGACUUUCACCGCGCUACUUUAACUACUCGGCCACUUAAGCGAUCAUGA